UCUCGGCGCUAAAAAAGCAGCCCCGCCUCGUCGUUUAGCCUGGCAGGAAGGUGGUUCCUCGUGGGCUUCGGCGGCAGGGUGAAAAAAAGCGGUCAUUAAAGCUACCAAAUCUAUUCCUGAAGGCAAAAAAGAAAAACGCGAACCCUAAAGGGCUUCCCAAUGGCUGUUUCCAUUUUUUAAUGUCGUCAGAAACAGCUGAAGUUCUCUCUUCCACUUCUCACAGUAUAUUCCCAGUUGCCACGCAGUAUUGUUUGUCGGGAAUUUCUUUGCAAGAUUUAAAUGCGCUGUUUGAAAAAAUUGUUUCAGCGGACAAAAAUUACUUUGGAGCUGUUGGAUCAUCUUGAGCGACUGGCACUUGUUGAUUUUCGCAACUGGGAGGGUGUCCGGCGCUUGGAGAAAGCCGUUGAAUUUGCUGAACAGCUUCACGCAGUGAACACUGAUGGAGUAGAGCCCAUGGAAUCCGUGCUGGAAGACAGGCAUCUCUACCUCAGGGAAGAUAAUAUCUCAGAAGGGAACCAUGCAGAGGAACUACUGAAGAAAGCUGCAAAGACAGUUGAAGGAUAUUUUAUAGCUCCACCAGGUAACAUCCCUCUGCCAAAAGUAGAAGAGAGAAAUACUUUUCUUCACAGGGAAGACUCUUAAUAGAAGAUCCUACUUGAUAUGCCAUCACUGCCUGCUUUUAGAUCGAAAACCCAGGAUGUGCAGUGGGAUCUAGAAUGAAUGUUUACGUCAUGUACUUAUAUAACUGCGGAGGGGGGGACAGGCACUGAAAUGACUGGUGUUACUUAGCUGGGGAGAAAAAAGACUGUAUUUAAAGAGUUGUAUGGGUCAGGAAAGAGCGUUAUUGACACUAAGUUUAACACAUGGUUGUGUGAACAUGUUUAAAACCUGUUUUAAACCCCAAUCAAGAAAUAAUUCAGACUGUAUUAAAAUUUUGCACAAGUUUAGCUGUACCUAACCCUAUGGGGGUUUAAACCCUAUGUUUAAAAUACAGUGAACCUCAGUCACCAAAUCCCCCCAAAGAAAAGACAUAUUUAAUUAUGAAGAGACUAUGGUCAAAAGACAUAAAAUGGGGAAGUCCCUAUGCCUUAACCUCUAAAAAGUUUGAAAAACUGAGUAUACAGGCAACACUGGCCAUAACUGCAACAAUUCCUCCAUAAACUGCAUCUCUGUGAGCAAACAAUAUAUAGCCAUGUUUAGCACUGCUCAGUCAGUAUCCAGGAGAAACACGAAAAGUAUCCAAAACUAUUAUAGCUUAAAGUUUAGGUAUAAAAAUAUUGAAAUACAGGUCUAAAUGAGCUAGAGACUCCUAGUUUAUAAGCUGGCAGACAUUAGCACAAGCCAAGAUCUAGCUGAUAAAAUCUUAUUCGCAGAUCUUUAAAAUGAACUUAGUAUUCAGGGCUUUAGAAAUAUUGCAAAAAUGUGAGUUAAUAAAUGAUAGAUGUGCUUCUGUCUUUGAACAAAAAUCCCAACGUAAAAGAGGGACCAUGUAUAUUGCUAUCAGCACAGAACAUUCUGCAGAAAGAAAUUCAGAAAUUUGGUGCUUCAGAAGCACCAGCACAUAAUCACAAAAGAGCUAUUUGCUUUAUGAAUUCCAGUUACUACGUUACUCAUGUUCCAAUUACUAUGUUGUCAUGAAAUGGAGAAAAUAUUUUGCAGGAAAACUGAAUAAUAUGUAGCACAAUUGCUUUUAUGCUUUGAAAUUUCUUUUAAUUUAAUUAGAAGAAAAUGCGUGGUACUGUUUAUUAGAAUAUGCUGUGGCAUUUAGAUUUAAUUAACUGAGAAACAAUUUUCAUGGUCCUUAGAGCAGUCUUCAAGAUGGAACUGAGUGGCUGCAGAUAUGUUGCUGAGGUUAAUUUAGCCCCUUUUUGGAUGAGGGAGGAUGUUUAGGUUAACCUCUCUAAGACAUACAAAUAAUAUAUGUAAAUUGUGAUCCCACAUUUAAUCAUGCGUUGUUCUACCAGAAUUUAUUGCAAUGAUACAUGGCUUUUUGUGGCCAGUAGCCACAUUUUAUGAUUAUUAUGAUGGCACCUAAAGGCCCAAAAAGGGACAGCUAAUUUUUUCGGCACUUUAGGGAGAGCAGGUGGAGGCAUUUAAGCCUUGCAGAGAAAGAGAGUCCAGGGGAAAUUUUUAAAAUGCACGUGACAUUAUUCUGCAGGCUGCCUAAUUACUAAGCCACAAAAAAGCACUUCUUUUACUCAGCACAUUUUGACCCCCAGCCACUAUUUAGUGGCAUCUGCUUUAGGUGCGUAUGCUCUGGACUGCACAGAUGCUUUCCCCUCCACUGACAAUUCACUAUCAUGCUAUAUAAUGAAUAUAAGAACGUAUGCGGGAGCUUUCCAGAAACAAGAUGUGCUGUUAGUCCUUAACAAAUCAACUAAGAAAUAUUGAAUAGCAGAUUAAUAAAUGGAAGCAAAAAAUGGAGACUUUGACAAAUAUCCCACAUUUGAUGUUGCAGUGGACAUGUUGCUGUGUGUUUUUCUAGCCAAAUGUUGCUAUAUAAUUAUUUUUUUUAACUUACAUUGUAUAUUAAUCGUAUUUCAAAUACAACACAAGUAGCCUAACCCA